AGGUACCCGAAGGGGGAUAUAGUUAAAGAGAUCCUGGAAUUGUAUGUUUGAUCAAUACUUUGUGUAUAAUGGUUUAGUUUUGUCGGUAUUUGUUUCACUUGCGAGAGCAAGGGCAUCCUUUAAAUUUUCUGUUUGAAUUUUUAUACUGGUCAAUACAUUUUUCAAUUUUAAAACUUUUUUGGUAGUCGAGCUUUAUAGUCGACACAUCGCCAAAUUUCAGACACGAGCAAUACAAUUACGUCUAAUUUCGCAUAAAUGCAGUUUUAAAGUCACUUUUUCUGGUCACGUAAAAUUUCCUAGGCCUCAUAGCGGACUUACACAAACCAUAUGUGCCACCUUUUAUGAGAGCUAUACCGUCGAACUGACCCAGUUGUAACUAUUGGAGUCUUUGCUAUUACUUUUCAACGAUAACUCAAUUUAUUUGCAAUUGAAAAAUGAGGAUUUUUCAUUGAUACUUGUGGUAGGCAAGCCUCGGAUUAUCAGUUAUCGAAGUCUGAGAAGCUGAUAGAGUGACAUGCGCAAGGCGAUGGGCGGUGGAUCAAGUUAUUAUCGACGUAUUUCUGUGUGGGUUCUGCCUUUUAUGUUGCUGGCAUUACUGAGUUUCUACGUUGUGCCCAAAACAAACUGGUUUAGGUACAAUCGCAAAGACGAUUUGACUCGUAUAAUAAACAGUUACUCAUUACAUGACGCAGUUGAUCUAAAACCUAACACUGAUUUUAAAAUUGAUUCCAGCCAGGUUUCGGAUACAAGCGUCCAGAAGCCAAGAACUCCUCAAAUAAAAUCACAAAAUCGUGACAACAGUCGCAAAUUUUUCAUCGAUUGUGGCGCAAAUACAGGUUCAACGUACAAAUUGUUCCACGAAAUUUACCCAAAUGCUCAAGAAUACUCAAUGAUUUCGUUCGAAAUUGACCCUAACCUUAAACCAUUCUACGCUGACUUUGUCAACCAUACAGCAAUGGUUCCUCUGGGAGUAUCGGAUAAAAAUGGAAGCAUGGAAGCCCAUUUGGAACCCCCUUGGAGUCCCGAGAGGAAAAAGCUGGCGUCAAAAUGGGGAGGGGGAAGUUUAUUCGCAUGGGAGGGUAAAAAAGAAUGGAGAGGGCUGCAGCGGCUGGUCAAGGUACCAACUUUUGACCUUUCACACUUCAUUACCAAGAAUUUCAAAGUUCAGGAUGAAGUCAUUCUCAAAAUUGACAUCGAAGGAGCUGAGUACAAUGUGAUCAAAAAGCUUCUGGACGACGGAACCUUCAAAUUAGUGGACCAAUUUUUCCUCGAGUUUCACGACUGGCAGCCGACUGGCUGGUCAAAAGCCGACAAAGACAGUCUUCGAGCGCGUAUGAAGUCGGAAAAAGUUGUAUACUCUCAAUGGGAUGCUGAGUAUCCUGAAGUUCCCGAUGCGUCUACUUGGAGUCCCGGUGUAUUCGACAGAUCCUAUCGGAAAAAGCCGAAAUGCCAUUCUUCCAAUGGUACUUUAAAACUUGCAAUAGCUGUGGGAAUGAACGCACGACGAGCGCGACGACUUGUUGCGACAAUACUUGCUCAUUCUGUCGCAAAAAGCAUAAAUGUAGGAUUGUUUGUCUACCGCGACUUCGUCUACGACCAUUCUCAGUUGGUUAAUGAAUGGCUUAACGAUCUGAGAGUAGUUUUAGGCGUACGUGGCGACUCGCCAAAACCCGAAGAGUAUUUUCUGAGAUACAAUUACGAAAAGGAAAUGGAUAUUAUGCUUAUAUCUUCACAACGUGAACUGCUAAAGAAUACAGGCUUCAAUACAGACCUGUUUUUAGAAGACUUCGAAGGAAACAAAGCUCUUAAAACUGUACUGACAAAACGAAACAUGAAAGUUGCAAGCCACCCUAUUUGGAUACCGCCGAAAAAAGCAUCAAAAUUAAGCCAACCAUUCUUCUCAAAAAGAAGUGUAGAAAAAAUACCGCCUGUUUUGGAAGCGACAUAUCAAGAGUUAGAAAAGUUUUCGAAACUGGGCGGCGAUUCGUAUCCGACUGUAGUUCUUGACGCGGAUUUUGAUGAAACUUGGAUAUCGUCUGUGUUUUUGCUAGACUAUUUUGCUUCAACGCACGCAGUCGAGAAUGGGAAAACGCUCAGUGACUUCAUUAAUUGCUAAAGUAAAAUAGUUUUAUUGAUUGUCUACUUGAUUUCGCGGCUCUUUUAUAGAACAGUUUUCCUCCACCAACUUUACACUUUGCCAUUAUAGUGCACCAUCAUUCUGAAGGAUGAAAGUAAGAUAUGUCUGAAGUUGACUAUAUACUUGAAGUACAUAUAUGUAUACGCAAAAUUACAAAGCAGUCCGUCAAAAUUUAUAAAAGUUCAUACCAAAUGCAAAA